AUGGGUCUUGUCGAUGGACGAGCGAGGAUGCCGCCGACAGUGGUCUACACUCGCCGCAUGGCCAACUUGUUGCUUUCGGAGCGCGGCCAAGAAACUGUCGGCGAAAAUUGGAUGAUGCAAGAAUGGUACGAUCGGGUGGCAAUGGCGAAACAGAAAUGGGGGAUUCUUGAUGAGGAUGUCUACAACUUCGAUGAGACGGGUUUUCAAAUGGGAGUCAUUGCGACAGCAAGACCAGGAAAUCGAGAAUGGGUUACCGUAAUUGAAUCUAUUAAUUGCCAAGGUUGGGCUUUGCCGGCGAUGGUCAUCUUCCAGGGCAAGGUGCACCAAGCAAGCUGGUACGAGGCAGAUGUGCCCAAGGACUGGCAGAUUGCCGUGAGCGACAAAGGUUGGACUUCCGACGACCUUGGAUUGUAUUGCCAUGUUACGCCGGAGUUCGACAACCUCUGGAUGUCGGGUGCUUUCGCCUUUGAAAACGAUAUAUGGGCGGAAUGUUCAAGAGAAGAUGCUCGCAGGGUCAACCACAUCGAUAAAGAGGACUUCCUGCUUCUGUACAUCGAGGCCCGCCGACAAGCGCUCUCCCGUCGAACAUCCGAAGUGGAUUCAUGGCCACAGGCCUUUCCCAUUCAAUCCGACCCGGGUUCUGUCACGGUUACUAGUUCAGGUUGA